AUGCAGAAAGAUAAAUAGAUUAUAUCUAAAAAAAUUUAGAUGUCAAUUUACUUGAUAAAUUAAUUAAGGCAUUCAAUGGCAUUGAAAUCCCAAUACAUACAUACUCCCUCAGAAUUAUAUGAAAUGUAUCAUAUUCUCCAUUUCUUACAGAUUCAUGAAUUUUACAAUUAAAUAAAGAAUUUACUCAUAUAAGAUAAAUCUAGCAUUUUAAUUGGAUACUAAUUAUCUGAACUAUAUGAAAUUGAAUCAUUAUCUAAUUUUUAUUUUGAAUAUUUCAAAGCAUAUGGAUUCUUGGGUAUUUUUAAUAAAAAACUUCAUUAAGAUAAAGUUAGAUAAUACAUCUAUAAAAAUAAAACUAGAUUAGUUCCUCUUCAUUAUUUAUAUUUAUAAGCCAAUUUAUUUAAGAAGCAGAGUAGGUUACAAAUCAAUAGAAAUAAAUUAUUUUUAUAGAAUUCGAAAAAUAAUAUAAAAAAAUUAAAUGAGAACAGUUUCAAGUAUUUCUCAAUCUGA